AAUUGUAUUAAUAUUAACAGUUGCAUUAAGGCUUUUGCUUUUUAAACAGCUAACGUAAAAUUUUAUGAGUACGUGCAGUAGUAUCGAUUAUUAUCGAACGUCAACGAUCGAACAGUAACCCGUACGCUACGUCUCGUAGAUUAAUUUGUUAAGUGUUGUCCUUCAACUCUUGAGAGCUCUCCUUGGAUAAUUUAUUUCAAAAUAUCAACACAACUGAUAUUGAGAAUUGGAGAAAAGGAAAAAAAAAAAAGAAAAUGACGAAGUUACUUCACACGAUUGGCGCGCUCUUGUUAAACGCUUUCGGGCUUCAGAUAUUCCGGACGUGUUUCGCCAACGCCGUAGAGGACGAGGAGUGCGGAUCGCUGCUGUCAGGGCCGCCAUUUAGCUCGGUUUUCUUCAGCAUCGGUGUAUACGUCAUCGUCGUGAAUUCCACGCUGUUCCCGCGGUCUUUUCACGCGCCGAAAAUGGUGUUUCUGAUACUGUACGAGUUUUUAGCUACCGCGUUUAUCCUGGAAUUCGCGUCGGCCUGCAUCUGGACACCGAUCGACGUGCUCUUGUCGACGACGUUACCAUCCUACAUUUGCCACACGCUUCGACAGCUGGGAUUCGACGGUGCAGCGGUUUCAUUUUUAGCGGACAAAUCUUUGACGACGGUUUUAACUUACACCGUGGCGAUCGCGUUCCUCUUGCUCACGCUUCACGUUGUGGAUGCUGUCGAUUAUGCUGUCCUUAGAGAUUGUGGGACAAUGUGUUUCUUAACUCACGUCCAAGAGAAACUUUGGGCAAGAAUGCAACGAGAAUUUCCAUUCUUCGUCGAAGCGGCCAAAGGCUCCUGUCGUUGUAAAGUUCGCGGGAAAAGACGUAGUAAAAGUCGCGGCAAUAGCGGUAGAUAGCCUCGACAUGUUCUGAACGAAAUAACGAAAUGUAAAUUGAUCGCUCGACGAUUGAAAAAAUCACCGAUUAACGAUUACACGUUACGAAAGUUGAUGAUUACGAUUACCAGAUCACAUUUAGUCACUGUGAUUGCAGUGAGUAAUUGAUUACUGUCCGACUCUGGCCAGAGGGAAAUUCUUGAUUCAUCCAGAUUAGGUUUCGCUGUUCAGAUUGAAAAGACAGAGGGCGGCAAAUUUAUUUUUAUGAAAAAGAAGGCAUUUAUUUCGUUCGAACUGAAAUGCAAAGUACAAAUGGUAUAGAUAAUAUAGUGGUAAUAAUGUAAUAAUAAUUAAUCGUUAAUAAAUAUCAAUUCAAUUAAUAA